UGGUGAUUUCCCUUUGUCAAAUUCCUACUUUUUAGAGAGAGAGAGAGAGAGAGAGUGAGAUUUUUUGAAAUUCCACCGCAGCCGCCGGCCUGACUUCUUCUCAUUUCUUGAUCUCAUCGAUAAAUGGUCCGUCUUUCUUUUCUGCGCAUACUUUUGAGAAUGUUCCUACUCCAAUCCCCAUAUAACUUUACAUCAAUUCUGUUUAAGAAUGUGUCAAUUCUUUGUUGACCGGUUUGAUUAAUUCGAUCCAAAGCUGCCAUCUUUAAUUCCUUCCCUGCUAAUUAAUGGGUUGUGCAAGUUCGAAGCAGAAAAAGGUAUGCCGGAAUUGCAAAGGGUCGUUCUCUCCGACGCCGACAAGGAGUAAAUCGAUGCACGUUCAUCACCCGCCGGAAUGGUUUGGCGACAGUUACCAUGUCGUCGGCGUAACUUCCUCUACAAUCGGGUCUAUCAAACUCGACGGUGACAACAACAACGAGAAGCAGAAGUUGAAUGUGGGCAAGGAUUUCUCAUUGGCGGUGGUGGAAGCCAAGACUUGGUCGGAGAUGCUAGAUAAGAAGAUACCCAAAAUCCUUCCCAUGACGCCAAUCCGUACACCUCCCGGAGAGCCGGAGCCAAUUAACGCUUGGGAAUUAAUGGAAGGUCUUGAUGACAUCACUCCCCUCCGGCCGGGGCAUCAGUAUCGGAGUUUCUCUUUCCGGGUAGAGAUUGAUAAUCAUAAUCAUAAUGAGCCGGCAGCAAAACCACUCUGGCUAGAAAUGGCUGAAGAAGAAUCAAAUUUAAACUCAAAUUUAACAACCAAAUUCAGGAAAUCACUGGAAGAUCUUUCCCCAUCAAACCCAUUUCACAUCAAGUCAAUGAACGAGCACGAGCUGGUCGGAUCAGGAUCAGAAAAUGAAGAAGAAGAAGAAGAGGUGAAAAAGAAUUCCGGCAAAGACAGGGUGGUUCUGUAUUUCACGAGCCUGAGAGGAGUCAGAAAGACGUACGAGGAUUGCUGCCAUGUGAGGGAAAUCUUGAAAAGUCUUGGGAUUCGAGUUGAUGAAAGAGAUGUAUCGAUGCAUUCUGGGUUCAAGGAGGAGCUAAAGGAGCUAAUUGGAGAUCAAGAUUUCAAAGGUAUGCCAAGGGUUUUUAUUGGUAAUAAGCACAUCGGAGGGGCGGAAGAAAUCCGGCGAAUGCACGAAGAAGGGGAGUUGGAGAAGGAGGUUGAGAACUGCGAGCGAAUUGAGACCGGAAGCGGCAGUGACGGCGGUGGAAUCUGUGAAGCUUGCGGAGAUAUACGGUUCGUACCCUGUGACAGGUGUUCGGGGAGUUGUAAGAUCUACUGCGAAGAAGAGGACGAAGAGAAAGAUGAUAAUUAUCAAGAACAAGGUGGUGAUGAUGAUGAUGAUGAGAAAGAGUAUGGAUUUCAGAGAUGCCCAGAUUGUAAUGAGAAUGGAUUAAUUCGAUGUCCGAAUUGCUGCAUUUGAAUUUGACAUACAUUCAUUCAUACAUAAAGUCUAUACAGAACAAAUCUGAUGAUUAUAAUUCUAUAUAUGAUUUCAUAUGUUUGAUUUGGUUCAUUGAAUCAUUGUUCAAUUUCCCCUGUUUUCCUGGUUUCUCCUUCAUUUGCUCUACUCUGUUGUAUAGAAGAAGAAGAAAAGCUUCAACUUUC